AUGUUUCGUCUGUCUUUCGCUCUUCUGAUGCUCUCAGGUUGUGCGCUGCCGAUGUCUCCACCAAUAGGGCUGAAUCUAAAACCAGCAAAAGCAAUCGGUGAAGAGCAACCAAAAGCUGCUCUGAGUAUUGCUCCUGCAGAGGUAUCCAGAGAACCACCCAAUCUUCGAUUGAGGUCCAGAAUGAUGGCGGCAUUGAAUGCAGUUAACGACACUAACAAAAAGGAACAUGUUCCGCUUGGUUCGCAAACCUUGAUUCUUACUAAGAACAGGAAGUAUAAAAAGCCUACUUCCUCAAGAUCAUUCUUCGGUGUGGUUACAGAGGAGCCGAUUACAGCUCCGCCACCUGCACGACCUCCACCGAAAACUCUACCAUCAUCGGCAAAUUACGGAGUAAACCCAGUACUGCAGACGAAUUUCGUUGACGCUCAAGGACGAGUGUUGAAAAAUGUCGUCUCAAUACCUAUUCGAGUUGGUGACGCACAGAUUAAGCAAGUCAGGUGAGA